AUGUCCGGCAUAGACGCGCUCCUGCUCUCGCAGGACCAGCGCGAGGCCGACAUUGCCGCGCCUGCGCCUCAGCGGCAGCCGCCGCAGGACCCCGAGGAUCUCAAGCGCCGCCUCGAGGACCUCUUCCUCUCGCCAUCCGCCGAGUUCUCGACCGAGUGGCUCAACCGCCUGCAGCAGCGAUGGGACUUUGAGGCCGACUACUCGUCCCUCUUCAAAAUUGCGCCGCCGCAGACGCGCACCGUGACGCGCUUCCUGCGCCAUGGACUCGAGGGCCGCGUGACGGGCUACAAAAACGUCACGGUUCCCAUGAACAGUGCCACGGCCAAGAACUCGACCAGUCUGCUGCGUAAGCCUGCCAACAGGGCCGAUUUUGUGAGAGGCGCGGCAGGUUUCUUUCCGUUUGCCCCCGGUGGCUUGGAGGGCAUCGAGGCGACGGCUGCGCUCGAGGACCAGAUGACCGCUGGAGGCGCAACUGAAGACGGAUCGCGGGCCAAUAAGCUCGACAGGGUCAUCCAGCUGGGCGAGGGCGGCCUGCUUCAGGUUGCCCCCGGCUUCGAGCGGGGCAUCAACUUUGGAAAGAAGGCAUCCGGCAACGAGGAUGCCGAUGCCGUCAAGCACAUCCUCGAGGAAGAGCCUGAAGCUGCGGGCACCACAGAGCAAGAUGAGGAAGGCUCUCCGGCGACUGCAGAGGACGAAGUCGAUGGGGAAGAGGACGGCGACGACAUUGACGACAUCCUGCCUGUCGAGUUCCCCUCCCUUGAGCCUCAUGGUGUGCUCGCGGCAUCCAGCGCUAGGAAAGCUGGUCGCGAAUGGGCGCACAUGGUCGACAUCAGACACGGCAUGCCCAACUUCCGAGAGCUUGUGCCCGACAUGGCAAGAGAGUGGCCCUUUGAACUCGAUACGUUUCAGAAAGAGGCUGUCUACCAUCUCGAGAACGGCGAUUCAGUUUUCGUUGCUGCGCACACUUCCGCUGGCAAGACAGUCGUGGCCGAAUAUGCCAUUGCGUUGGCCGCCAAGCACAUGACCAAAGCUAUCUACACGUCGCCCAUCAAGGCCCUCAGCAACCAAAAGUUCCGCGAUUUCCGCCAGGACUUUGACGAGGUCGGCAUCUUGACGGGUGAUGUGCAAAUCAACCCCGAGGCCAGCUGUCUCAUCAUGACGACCGAAAUCCUGCGCAGCAUGCUUUACCGCGGCGCAGACCUCAUCCGAGACGUCGAGUUUGUCAUUUUCGACGAGGUUCACUACGUCAACGACUUUGAGCGCGGCGUCGUCUGGGAGGAGGUCAUCAUCAUGCUGCCCGAGCACGUCUCGCUAAUUCUGCUGUCGGCCACCGUUCCCAACACCUACGAGUUUGCGUCGUGGGUUGGCAGGACGAAGCAAAAGGACAUCUACGUCAUUUCAACUUCCAAGCGCCCGGUCCCUCUGGAGCAUUAUCUCUGGGCUGGCAAGGAGAUGCACAAGAUUGUUGACUCUGACAAGAAGUUUAUCGAAAAGGGCUGGAAAGACGCACAUGCCGCGGGCCAGGGCAAGGACAAGCAACGGCCGGCGGAGAACACGAUCGCAACUCGUGGCGGAAAUCCCCGCGGCGGCCAGCGAGGCGGACCCCAACGAGGCGGGCAGCAGCAACGCGGCGGACGAGGUGGCGGACCGCAGAGGGGCGGCCAGCAGCGAGGACGCGGAGGCCCUCCUCGUGCAAGCCACGCCCCCGGACACAUGGGUCGCGGUGGGCGACCUGGCGGAAUGUCGUCCGCUGCUCAGGAUAAGAAUCUCUGGGUGCAUCUUGUCCAGUUCCUGCGCAAGAAUACCCUGUUGCCCGCUUGCAUCUUCGUCUUCUCCAAGAAGCGUUGCGAGGAAAAUGCAGACGCCCUGAGCAACCAGGACUUUUGCACGGCAACGGAGAAGAGCCACAUACACAUGAUCAUCGAAAAGUCGAUUGCGCGGCUCAAGCCCGAGGACCGCGUGCUGCCGCAAAUCAUUCGGCUGAGGGAGCUCCUCGGCCGCGGCAUCGCGGUGCAUCACGGCGGCUUAUUACCCAUCGUCAAGGAGCUGGUGGAAAUAUUGUUCGCCCAAACACUCGUCAAGGUGCUGUUCGCGACGGAGACUUUUGCUAUGGGCCUCAACUUGCCGACGCGAACAGUCGUGUUCUCGGGUUACCGGAAGCACGACGGGCACUCGUUCCGCAACCUUCUCCCGGGCGAAUAUACGCAGAUGGCUGGGCGAGCUGGACGUCGUGGUCUGGAUACGGUGGGUUCGGUCAUUAUCGUGCCGCCCGGCGGCUCGGACGACGUUCCCCCGGUCGCGGAGCUCCGCAACAUGAUCCAGGGCGAGCCGUCGAAGCUGCGAUCACAGUUCCGCCUGACGUACAACAUGAUCUUGAACCUGCUGCGGGUCGAGGCGCUCAAGAUUGAGGAGAUGAUUAAGAGGAGCUUCUCCGAACACGCGACACAGCAACUUCUCCCCGAGCACGAAAAGGACGUCAAGCUGGCGCAAGCAGACUUGGCCAAGGUCAAGCGCGAGUCGUGCAAGAUCUGCGACGUGUCCAUGGACGAGUGCCAUCAGGCGGCGCAGGACUACAAGCAACUUACGUUGGAGCUGUACAAGGGCCUGCUGAGGAUCACCAUCGGCCGCCGCAUGUUCACCUCGCAGAGGCUCAUCGUCUUCAAUUGGGACGGCAUCCGCACCGUAGGCAUUCUGGCCGCUGAAGGCCCCAGCCCGCGCGGCUCCAUCGAUGAGCCGAUCCUGCAGGUCUGCGCCUUGAAGCCGCUGCGCGAUCGGCGAGACGCGACCGACCAGCUGCCUUUUAUCCCCGGCUUCCGCAAGUACAUGCACAAGCUGCCCCAGGGCCGGCGCCGGACGCAGAUCAAGACUCUGCACGUGCCGCUCAGCGAUGUCGAGUGUGUCACGCGAUGGAUCCUCAAGGGCACGAUCCCCGAGAUCCUCAAGCACGGCGCGGCGGGCAUGCAGGCGAUGGAGCGACUCCAGGAAAUUUGCUCCUCGUGGGACGACCGGUGGGAUGAGGUGGACAUGGGCAAGAUCAAGAGCCUUCAGCUGCAGGAGAUUGUCGAGAAGCGGGCGCAGCUCGUCAAGACGAUCCACAGCUCGCCGGCGACAAAGUGCCCGGCGUUCUUGAAGCACUUUGCCAUGUGUCACGACGAGUGGCUCAUCAAGGAGCAUAUCCAGCAGCUUAAGCAGUCCCUGUCCGAUCAGAACCUCCAGCUGCUGCCCGACUACGAGCAGCGCGUACAGGUGCUGAAGGAACUCGACUUCAUCGACGACGCGACGCGCAUCCAGCUCAAGGGCAAGGUCGCAUGCGAGGUGCACUCAGGCGACGAGCUCGUGCUGACGGAGCUGAUACUCGACAACGUGCUCGCCGACUUUGAGCCCGCCGAGAUCGCAGCCCUGCUCUCGGCCUUUGUGUUCCAAGAGAAGACACUCGUAGAGCCCACGUUAACGGGUAACCUGACGCGCGGGCGCGACACCAUCGUGGCCAUUUCCGAAAAGGUCAACGACGUGCAGACGCGGCUGCAGGUGAUCCAGUCCUCCGAGGACUCCAACGACUUCGUUUCGCGGCCGCGCUUCGGGCUCAUGGAGGUGGUGUACGAGUGGGCGCGGGGCAUGAGCUUCAAGAACAUCACGGGCCUGACCGACGUGCUCGAGGGCACCAUUGUGCGCACCAUUACGCGCCUCGACGAGACGUGCCGCGAGGUCAAGAACGCGGCGCGCAUCGUCGGCGACCCGGAGCUGUACCAGAAGAUGCAGCAGGCGCAGGAGAUGAUUAAGCGGGACAUUACCGCCGUGGCAAGUCUUUACAUGUAG